AUUUCUUUUUGUAAUGUCACAAGUUGACGUAAACGUCAAAAAAUGAAUUUUCGUGAGGUGCUUUGCCGAUAACAUUAUUUGAAACACAUUUUUAUAAACAUGGGUGGCUCUCAAAGCACUAGAAAAGUUACUGUGGAUAAUGAAAAUGCUAUACAAGUGUCCCAAGAAGCGCUAGAUCGGAUACAAUCCCAACUAUCUGCAAAACAAUCUGAACCAGCGCAGCCGCCGCCUCAAUACGCACCGCCACCUCAGUACGCUCCGCCUCCUUCGUACGAUCAAAGACGACAAGCCGACUAUGCGUCCGAGGAGGCCUACUGGGCCCGGCGCAUUGAGAACUUGAAACGGGCACACGAAAAGAUCAACUCCGGCAUGCUUUUAGAAUAUCAAAAAACAUUGAAAGAAGCCAAUGAGCUAUUUGAGCUAACACAGUCUGACAAAGUUGCCACUAAAUUACCACCUUGUCAGGAAGAAAAAGCUAAGGUUCUUGAGUGCUACAGUACAAAUCCCAAUAAGUCGCUCUCAUGUUCAGUGCUAGUGAAUGAAUUCAAUGACUGUGUCUGCAAAAGUCGCGUCGCUGCUGUUACUGCAUCCUCCUGAGCGUAGAGUCGUGUAAAUAAUGGUCUACUGAGACUUCUUGCAAUAAUAGCUGUCAAAUAUCGGAAUUUCUGGAAUGGUUGGCUCUGGAUGUAGAUUUAAUAUUAUUAAAACUGUAUGAAUAAACUGUUAAUUUAAA